AGCAGCAUGUUCCUGUUGGGUCUGCUGGCGCUGGGGCUGCUGGGCCCUGCGGGGUGCCCCAAGACGGAGCCCCUGCGUGGGUCCAGCGAUGAGCCUCUGUUCCGCGGGGCCGAUCGCUACGACUUCGCCGUCGUCGUCCCUGCGGGCACCGUGGAGUGCUUCUGGCAGUUCGCACACCAGAGCGGCAACUUCUUCUUCAGCUAUGAGGUGCAGUGGGCAUCAGGGAUGGCGAGCAACAGGCACAUCUUGGCCACGGUGAAUGACCCCAAUGGCUUCCGGCUUGGUUCUUCCCAGCACGUGCGAGGACAGAUCAACUUUCCAACCAAGGAGACAGGUUUCUACCAGCUGUGCCUGGACAACCAGCACAACCACUUUGGCUUCAUGCAGGUUUAUCUCAACUUUGGUGUGUACUACCAAGGCUUUGAUGUGGAGAAUGAGCAACAGGAAGAGAGGAAACAGUUGAAUGACACCCUGGAUGCCAUCGGGGUCAGCAUGCGGAAGCUGCAGGUCCACAUCUUCCACAUGUGGAGGUUUUACAACUUCGCCCGGAUGAGGAAAGGGGCUGACUCCUUCCUCCUCGAGUCCAACUACAACUAUGUCAACUGGUGGUCACUGGCUCAGAGCUGCGUUAUUGUCUUCUCUGGGGUGCUACAGCUCUACUUCUUGAAGCGGCUCUUUGCUGUGCAGCCCACUACCAGGCCAAGGUGCUAGGGGCUCUGAGCACCACCAACAUCCCACACAGCUGGCAGCACCAGCACCCAGCCUGCCUCUGCCUGCAGCCAACAGGAACUGAACUGCUCCUCUGCAUCUUCACACCAGUCCCCCUGCUGCCGCAGGACGGGGAGGGGAGGACCCGGUUCUGUCUCAGGGAGGAGGCAGUGCAGCUGGAUGCACAGAAUUCCCUGGGCUCCUUCCUACUCAGCUCUAGCCCUGCCUCUACUGAUAUCACUUUGAAGGAAAAAAGCUUGAAGUAAUUGCCUUAACUUUGUGUUUGUUGGGAACAAUGUUAUAUCUCUGCCAGUCUUUAAAGACAGAGUAUUAACAUGCCUUUCCUCUUAGAAACACAAUAAACAAACCCCUGGCACAAUCAGAGAGCGCUGGCUGCAGUCCAUCCCCUGCAAGCCGAAGCGAAGCAAGACCUACCCUGCAGGUAGCUGCCUGCCUGCUUCCUCCCUCCCAGGGAAGCACAGCUGUCAGCUUUGCCAGGCUGCCUCCCCACGAGCCCUGGCUGCUUGAUUUGACGCAGAUCCCUGUGGAUUCACACUCUGCGUGUGUUACCAUCUGACACCAACCUGAGCAAGGAAAAC